UCAAGAGGGAGCGUGUUAAUUUCUUUACAAAAUCUGUCUACUGCAAUGAAACAAAUGGUCCACUUCCCAGACAAAUUGCAAGUUCAAGAUAACAUUCUUUGUGCGGCGAAACAAGUAUCCUAUUCCUUCAUCACAACAGAUCGCUCAGACCGCCGUAUGCGUGAGAAGGAUGCAAGGGAAAGUCGACUUAUUGUGGAGGAACUGAGAAAAUCGGUUGUUUUGGAGGUUCAAGAAGCCAUCAACCAGAUGAAGCGAAAGAAUGAUUAUCGUGAGCUUCAGCUGAAGGCCACGCUGCGACUACUUACAUCGAACUUGGAAGAUACGAAAAAGACAUACACUGAAAUUUUUGAAAGGUUCUUGGCUACUCAGCGAGACGUUGAUUCCUUAUUGAAUUAAUGAGCAAAAUAAUUUUCUCUUGCAUAUGAAUUUGUUGAACCGUUUUCAAGCUGUCACGAUCACGGACAUCAUCUGUUCUUCUGAAUGUCUUAAGUGUUUCUACGCCUCUUAUGUUUAACUGAUUAACUCUCAGUAUCGUCAGUGAAUUUAUUUAUUCAAUAUUGCUCUUAUCUAAAUGAACCUGAAACAGUAGUGAUUCCCUUCAUCUGAUUUAAACAUUGAGAUAAUGCAUCACCUGUUACGUAUUGCACUAAGAUGAAAUUUGCAUAUAUAUAAAAGUCUA